AUGUCGCCACAGGUGUCCCUGGGCGCUCAGCCGCCCUGCCUCAGGGGCUCGGUGUUUGUGGUUGAGCCCAGCUAUCUGAGACACUGCACCAUACGAGCCUCCCUGGUCACCAUCCACACCGAGCUCUCCAUCUCCAGCAGCAGGAAGGCAGAGCUGCAGUUAGCGGUGUUUGACCAGCAGGGGGUGCAGUUUGACAACUUCAGCUCCUGCUCACUGGAGUGGAUCUGCUCCAACCCCUCACUGCUGUCCCUGUCCUCACACACACACACAACCAGCGGUCGCCAGGGGCUCGUCCCUCACGGACACACGGGGACAGUGACCGUAGCAGUGGCCCUCACACCUGCUCAGGACAUGUGGCCGUCUCCUCUGGUGUGGUCAGUGCGUCUCAGACUAGUGCAGGACCUGAGGUGGAGCAGGAGAGCUGUGACCCUGUACAACCAUCCUGACGUCACCGAGAAUCUGACAGUGGUUCAGGGUUCAGGAUACUUCCUGGUUCGACUGCAGGACAGAAAACUGGCACACAUCACCUACCUGGAGCACAGCAACAUGAUACAGGUCUCUCCUCUUCAGCCUGGCCUCUCCUCCCUCCUGGCCUACGACCUCUGUGUGACCUCACCUCACCCCGCCCUGACCUCCCUCGCCAUCUCUGACAUCACAGACUUCCAGAUCGACUUUGUUGACAUUGUGGAGAUAGGGCACAGUGCCCUGGUACGAGUGCGUGUUCUAGACUCUAACCAACAGCCCUUCCUGUAUGGCUACCUUCCCAUGAUGCACCUCAGACUAACUCCUUCCUCCCCCAUCGUCACUGUAGAACCUGCAGGGCCGCUGGACAGUGUGUCUGUGGGUUUCCGUGUCCAGGGCGUGGCGGUGGGCGUGGCCAGCCUGCACCUGUCUGCAGUAGACAGCGGUGGGCGUGUCCGUACGUCGUCACACAGACAGCUGCAGGUGUACCCCACCUUCACCCUGCAGCCCCGCAGCCUGGCACUGGGGCGGGGCAGCGUACGGCAGGUGAGGUGGGAGGGGGGCCCCCAUCCCCAGUCCAGUGUGGGGUUCUCUGUGAGUAAUAGCCGCAUCGCCAUGGUGACAGAUACGGGAUUGGUGCGUGGAUUGGCAGUGGGUGUGGUCAAAGUCAGAGGGGCUUUACAGACUGUCACCCAGGACACAGGAGCACUGCUGACCUUCGCACAGGAUGAGGUGGAGGUGGAGGUGUUUAACCUCACAGGGGUCAGGAUCCAGGCGCCUCUCGUCAGACUGUCUGUAGGAACGGAGAUACCAGUGUAUGUGAUGGGCACUGACAGCAGCCAGACUCCACUGGCUCUGGGCAGUGGACUGCUGUUCCACUGGAGCCUGGGGAAACUGGGAGUACUGGAGAUACAGGCUAGACACACACAGGCAGGUGUGACGGUGUCCGCUGCUCAUGGUUUCUCUGUGUUGGUGAGGGCGUGUGCAGCAGGCAGAACCAGCCUAAGAGUGACAGUUCAACUGGCCAAUCACACCAUUGACAGCCCCCAGCAGCUCACAGAUGAGAUACAGAUACUGGUGUUCCAGGAGAUGCAGCUAGCAGUUGGCACCUCCAGAUCAAUCCUCAUGUCCCCUAACUCUCACUACGCUUUACAAAGCAACAAAGACACCAUCUGCCCCGUACGCUACGCCCUGUGUCAGUGUGUGAAAGGGGAGGGGCUUGUUACCGUGGAUGACCAAGGUGUUCUCAGGGCGGGGCCGGACACAGGAGCGGCCCUGUUGGAGGUUGUUGCUAUGGAGACGUGUGGCCUCAACCAGACCAUGUUCAUCAGUGUCCGGGUGUCUCCAGUGUGGUUCAUACGCCUCUUAACCGUGUCCUCCCUGUACGGUGUGGGCGGGGCCAGCGGUGUGGGCGGGGCCAGCCUUCCUGCCUUCCCCCUAGGGUGGAGCAUCACUGUCAGGGCCCUCUGCUACGACCACCUCGGACAACAGUUCCACGCACACGACACAGACACACACCUCAUCACCAGCAGAGACGACCUGGUCCAGGUGACUCCAGGCUGUGACAGUCACUCGUUCGUGGUUCAGACGGUGUGGGAGGGUGUGACGGUGUUGGAGGUGAGCGGGGACUCCACCAACCCCUCCCUCAGUGACUACACCCCCCUACCCGUGCUCCCGGCCAUCUCUGCCCCCCCGCACACCCUCAGACCUGGAGACACACUCUGCUUCAGCACCGCCCUAACCGGAGAGCACGGCCAGCCUGGUCAGUGGUACGUGUCGUCUGACCAGGUGCUGCAGAUAGACCCAGGAACAGGGGCUGCGCUGGCAAAGCAUUCUGGGACAGUGGUUGUGUUCUACAAAGUGGAGGGAGGACAGAAGGCCCUAAUAGAGGUGACUGUGGAGCCCCCUGCCAUCCCCUCCCUCUCUCCUCCUGAGGAUCGCUUCCUGACCAACUGGCCAGAGGCUCCAGAGUACAGGGUCCCCGUGGACCUGCACACCACCCCGGCCAACACUGCCCAGUGCACUCUGUCCCAGAGAGAGGCCAUCGAGAAGAGCCUUCAUCCAGAGGAGGAGUUACAGUGUGUUUUGCACUUCAUCGCCCCGUACCUCCUGCUCAGCACAUUACAGGCUGUGUUCAACACCUCGCCACGCUACGACCACGACACCGGUGCCUACAGCUGCAGUGUCUCUGUGUCCCCCCAGACCCACUCUGUCCUUCUCCUCCUGUCCUCCCUCUCCUUCUCCAUCUCUCUCUCCGCCUCCCUGCGGAGCCACCCUCCUCUCCCUCUCCUCGCUCUCUCCGGACGCCCGGUGCAGCUGCCCUACCUGCCGGCGUUUCACUGCCCGGUGACGUCCCUCUCCCUGUCCAGCCAGCAGCCUGCAGAGCUGGCUGUCCUGGGCACCAAGGACAUGCUGUCUGCUCUCAGGUUUCACUGUGAAAGUCCCUUCUUACUGCUGUCUGAGCCUAGCCAAUCAGAACAUGACUCCGCCCUCCUUGUGCUGUCCAUCGAUCCGUCCACUUCCUGGAUGGAGGGUCAGGAUCUGCCCCGCCCCGUCAACGUCACCCUCUACAACCGCCUGACCCCGCAGACACACGUCGUCACGGUGACCUUUGUGACGAACAACCGUGUGGAGAAAGGACAAACUGAUUUGAUCCGUCUCGAGUCAGGUCCUCUUCUCCAGCUCGUGGAUUUCCAGCUCAUCUUGACGUUUGCCGUGUUUGCAGUUCUGGUCGCCACUGCUGCCUUGUUCAUAGUGUACAGCUCCAUCCUGUCACGCCUACAGACGGUCCCUGUGGUCUACAUGCCCCGCAGCCCUCCGGCCACCUCAGCAGUGUCUGUCAGCAGGCAGACGGCGUGCUUCUCUCCCUGGAUCAGGAUGUCGCCUGCAGACGCUGACAGGGCCGUCCGAAGACGCCGCUGGCUCUGGAGCAGCAGAUGAGCCUGUCAGGACCAGGCUGCCUUCUACCUGGAUUAAACAUGUCUACUUCAGCACUCCAACACUGUCUAGAUUCACUCUUAGAGGCCUUAAGCACGUCAGCAUACGUACACCUCAAAGCCAAAUAAUUGUCAAGGCCUUUAUCUGAUUAAGUCUCCAAAAGAGAAUCCCCCCUGGUGAUGGACCCGUUUCCAUGCUGACCAUCUGCCUGACCAGUCUCACCCUCACCGAGCUCAGCUCAUAUCUGGACCGCCAACACAGAGCUGCUAUUGAUCAGUGAUGAUCAGAUAUACUGGGUCUCACCCAUUAUCAGAUGCUCAGGAUACAGAAUCACACAUGGACACAGAAUUCCUUA